CAUAGGUGCCCCGGACUCUGCUGACAAAAUAAGGAUUCUCCAUACUUUCUUCCUGCAAUUCCUUCUCUGAUGACGUCGUCCGCCGUUCGGAGAAAGUUGCCUCGCUUUACAUAAUUUCAGAGCGCGGUCAAUGUCACUGGCGACCGGGCACACUCUAUACACGCAUUACUCAGUCGGAAAUACUUGCCAGUGAUUACAGGAUGGUCUGUUCUUCAAGAUGCUUCUCACUUCGAGGGCACAAUGGCGAUGUAGCCAGCCUCAGGUAUAUUAGGUAUAUGCCAGCCGCUCAUUCUGUCCAAGUAUCAUCACCAUCAAACAACUUGAGUGCAAUAUCAAAGUAUCACUACCAUUAGACAACUUGAGUCUAAUAUCUUUAUCCUCCUUCAACAUCCAGUAUUCGUCAGUCACCGCUGCAUCAUUCUAACAAGAACGAAAAUGGUUUCCUGGGCUGUCACGGGCGCUACACGAGGCAUCGGUUUUGGCUUCAUCGAAAACCUCUCUGCCAAUUCAAAGGAUGAAGUUUUCGCUCUCAUUCGAAGUCGAGCAACCGCUGGUCCGCUUGAGAAGCUUGCUACAGAGCGCAAGAACGUCCAUAUUAUUGUGACCGAUAUCGCCGACCCUCAAAAACUGGCUGAGGCUGCUGCUGAAGUUGCCAAAGUCACAGCCGGGUCACUUGAUGUUCUCAUCCUCAACGCAAGCUCCCCUGGGCCAGAUACAGGCGCCCUGUCGCCAACUGCUUUCCAUGGCAAGGAGGAGGCGCUGGCGAAUGAGAUCAAUGAGAAUGUCAAGACAAAUGUGAUCAGCAAUGUCUUCGUCGUCAACGCGUUUCUCGAUCUCAUUCGUAACGGCAAAGAGAAGAAGAUCUCCUUCAUUACCAGUCCGAGUGGAGAUGUUGAGUUUACUCGCAUCACUGGCCUUUCUACCUUGCUGGGAUACUCUGUCAGCAAGGCUGGCGUCAAUAUGCUCGCCACCAAGUACGCCGUUGAACUGGCCCCGGAGGGUAUCAAGACGGUAGCUUUGAGUCCAGGAUGGGUCGAUACCGAUGCUUCUCGUGCAGUCACCGGCGACCCAGAGGUACGCAAAUUCAUGCUAAACGCGUUUCACAAACUCGACAAGGACGUUGAAGGGCCGAUCUCGGUGGAUGAAUCGAUCGCGCUUCAGCUGAAGGUGAUCCAGGACUUGAACCAAGAGAACAGCGGAAAGACUCUCACCCACCGCGGAAAUAGUGAUGGUUGGUUCUAGUCUGUCUGGGUUGCGCGGAGGUUGCGCUGGAUGGGAUUUGAAAGCUCAGACAAGCUCAGGCAAACGGGGGUAUGAACGGAAGUCCCCCAACAACCGCAUUGAAAAUCGUUAGGUAGACGACUUGUUUCUGGUUCUCAGUAUUCAAAUCAUGUUGGUUCCACA